AUGAGCGUAAAGAUCCGCAGCCCUCCCACCAACCUCGACGAGAUCGCCGCCCAAGAGGCGCGCUGCGUCCUCCCCCACUUCACCGCAGACACCGCCUGGGAGCUCGGGACGCGCCUGCGUGCCCGCCUGCAGGCCGCCUCGCCCACCAAGCCCGCCGUCGUGAACAUCACGCUCGCGAACAGCACGCAGCUGCUCUUCCACUGCGCGUCCGGGCGCGGCACGCUCCCGGACAACGACACCUGGGUCGCGCGCAAGCGCGCGGCCGUCUUGCGCUGGGGCGCGAGCACGUGGGCGCUGCACAACAAGUACCAGGGGAACGAGGGCGCGUUCGCGGCGAAGUUCAUGCUCGGGGAGCGUGCGGGCGAGUAUGCGAUCCAUGGCGGGGGCUUUCCGGUGCGCGUGAAGGACGUGGAGGGGAUUGUUGGGGUUAUCGUGGUCAGCGGGCUGUCGAUGCAGGAGGACCAUGAGGUGAUCGUGGAGGUGCUGGAGGAGUAUCUGGCGGCGCUGAAGGCCUGA